AUGCGCAUCGACAACCCGACCUGCCACUACUGCCGCGAGACCUGCCCGGACUCCUGCCCCGGCGGCGCCGCCUCGAAGGCGUAUUCGCCCUUCCCGGGCAUCGUCGACUAUCAGGGGUUCCGCGACCCGACGCAGCCCUGGCUCGACGGCUGCGUCGGCGGCGGCGGGCAAUGCUGGUUCCUCGUCGUCGGCUCCGGCGGCGCCGUGCCGAACCAGACGAAGAUCGCGGCGCACGCGGGCGUCGCGCUCCUGUACACGAACGACUACGACAUGGCCGGCGAGUGGACGCUCGUGCGCGACGUCACGCCCGCCGACGUCUUCUUCUACUCCCAGACCAACGCGCCCAUGUACUCGUGCCCCGACGUGUUCCGCGUCCCGGGCUCGAACGCGACCGUCUUCGCGUCGUUGGACGAGGAGAUCUACGUCGGCGACUACGUCGCGACCGCGGCCGGCGGCCCGCGGUUCAACGCGUCGAGCCAGGCCUACCUCCAGGGGACGACGACGCACGAGUCGUUAUCGAUUUGGAAGACGGGCGGCGUCGGUCCCAACAACGCGCUCGACGCGGGCAGCCGCCGGCUGUAUUUUGGCACGGUCGGCUGGCCGAACGUGCACCUGCCCCAGCUCAACGCGUCCAUCGACUACCUCCACACGGGGUCCGUCGUCUCCUUGCCGCGCGACGUCUUCGCGGCGCCCGACGGCGGCCCGCGCUUCGCGUUUCCCCCGGAGCUCGUCGCGCUCCGCGCGUCCGGCGCGGCGACCGGGUCGGCGUCCGCGUUGGCCUCGGGCCUCUUCCUCGAGCUCCGCGUCGACUUCGCGCCCACGGGCUGCGGCGCCGGCACGCCCUUCGGCGUCGAGCUCUUCGGCUCGGGCGCCGCGCCGAAGAUGCGCGACCCGGGCGCGGGCUCGCUGCUGGUGACGGACGACGAGACGCUCCAGAUCUACUUCGACCCGAAGCGCUGCGAGCUCAACGGCCGGAAGAUCGCCCUGGCCGACGGCGCGGCGCUCUCGCUCCACAUCUACGUGGACCUGGGCCUCGUCGAGUUCACGGCGAACAACCUCACGAACGGCUUCGGGUACCGCAAGGUCGUCAACUCGUCGACGGCGGCCCACGCGGCCUUCGGCGACGUCGCCGUCGCGGCCGCGACCUCCUGGGAGCUCAAGCGCGUCAACGGGGGGCGGUAG